CAGCGGCAUGGCAGGCUUCUUCACAAACGCCGAGAGGCAUCUCAUCGGAGGCGUCAUCUUGUCGUUGGCGACGUUCGUGUUGUUACUUUUGACCACUUUCUCCGUCCCGUUCAUCAAGAGCAUCUACUUCCUGCAAGCCCCCGUCGGAGGCGGUAAGGUCACCUUCGGUGCCUAUGGCUGGUGCAAUCAACCCGCUGAAGGACAAGGAGACCGAGAAUGUUUCGGUCCGAACAUGGGAUACCGGUGGGACCCGGAAUUGAUAUACUGGUUGACGAAAGGGUUGAUUACGGUCGGGAUCGCGUGUGCUUUUUCCCUCCUCGCACUCAUCGCCCUCUUACUGGAGAUCUUUUGCCGACCUUCAUAUCAACUCACCAACCCGAUCUGGUUCAGGGUGUUCUCCGGCCUGACGACCUUGACGACCAUAAUCGCCUUUGUAUUCGCUACCGUUCUCUUCCACAACGGGAGGAUCCGGUUUGAGAAUCGCGGGAUAGACGCUAGUUACGGUCCUGCGGAGUGGAUGUUGUUGAGCGCGAUGAUCGUCGGGUUCUUGAGCCUAUGCGUCGGUGGGCCGAGGUUUACAGGACGCCACAUGUAUCGAGCCGACAACCGAGCUGUCUACAACGUUUGA